AAGUGCAUGGGAUGUCACGGAGGCCAGACAGCUCUAGAUUUCACCACUCCUCUCUACCAUGAUCAACACUUACCAGACCAGCCUGGCUCCACCACCGGUGCCUCCGCGCCUCAACAGGUCCCAUCCAGUCCUCAUCCCAGCUCAACUUCCAUCACCAGGCCACAGCAAGCCUCUCAUCCGAUUCUUGGUUGGUGUGGUGGUGCUUCAUUUACUGCUGUCUGUCGGAGGAUUCAUCUAUCUGUACCACAUCGACAAAAUGGACAAACAUCCCUCAGCUGAAGGAAAAGCUGCUUUACUCUCAUCAGACAAACAGGAAACUCUCUACAAACCCUUAGCAGGCAUGGUAGUUGACCAGCUGACACCAAGGGAUCCUACAUCUGGUUUUCUCAAGUGGGACAUAAAACACUCACUUCUUAAGAAGAUCAACUACUACAAAGAGGUUUGGCUGACUAUCCCGGAGUCUGGUGAUUACUAUGUGUACUCCAGAGUGACCUUCUCCAAGGGUGACUCAGCGAAACCACUGGCGAGCAGAGUCCUGCUGAGGAAGAAUGAGAAUGCUGAGGAGAAGGUUGUGAUGCGGGCCUACUGCAGCCUGGACAGCAACACUGAAAGAAAAUCUAUCCCUCAGCUGUGCACUGCCACACAGGGGGAGGUUAUCCCUCUGGAGAAAGGGAACCAGCUCAGUGUCUGGGUACAAAACCUUUCACUGGUGGACUACACAGAAGGAGCCACAACCUUUGGGAUGUACAAACUGUAGGACUUCUGUACGGGCAUGUGCAUGGACCUAAGCUGAGUGGAAACUCGUUAAGUGGAUGGACUUGGAUUUAAUCUACUGAGAACACUGUUAAAUACUCUGGAUUGUUCAUCUUUUCCGUGGAUUUCAGAGACAAAGACCACAUUCCUAAACUAUAAUUUAUUAAAUUACAUAUAAUUGCAUGUUAUUUUGUGUUUCUGUGAUAGUAUUGUGAAUGGUUGUUCUGUAUUUAUUGAUGUAUAUGAAGGUAUAUGGCUGUGAAAUGAAUUUUCUAUAUUUAAUCUAAAAUAUUUCUUCUCUUCUCA